UAGAUUUAAACUGUGCGCUUUAGCUGUUUGUGGGACUAUUAUGACCCUUUUCCAACUCAAAUCCCGCAUUAAAGAGUGCACACACCAGCAGUCAAAACACUUGUUGAAAAGAAUGAGACAAAAUAUGCGUUGUUAAAAAUAACCCAGUUUGGUUGUGGGCGUGGUCUCGAGCCUCCACGAAGACACACCUACCCGCGUCUCUUCAAAAGUGAGUGUGUCUGUACGUGUUUAUCGAGUCUUCCUAUUAGUCUGCGUUCGCCAUGACAGCAUGUGGAGCUUUCAGAGCGUUCAGCCUCGCAGCGAGACACAGCCGGAAAACUUCCUCGGUUCAGGAGCUGUUAGCGCGGAAUGUGAAGUCACAGGCUGGAGACUUGAAUCUCCAGUCUGCCGCGGUUGCACCUGGGAAAUUAAAGAGCAUGGAUGAGCUGCCUGGUCCCAGUCUGUCCGCCACGGUUUACUGGCUGUUCGGGAAAGGAUAUGCAGAUAAAAGCCAUGCAUUACAGGUGGAGCACAAGCGCCUGUACGGGCCAAUCUGGCGCUCACGGUUCGGGCCGUUUGACAUUGUGAACGUGGCGACAGCAGAGCUCAUCUCCCAGGUGAUCCGUCAGGAGGGACGGUACCCAGUGCGCAGUGCACUUCCACACUGGAAAGAGUACCUAGAUAUGAGGGGUCAGGCUUAUGGGCUCCAUGUUGAGACGGGUGAGGAGUGGUACCGAAUGCGUGGCGCUCUGAAUCCAAAAAUGCUGAAGUUGAAAGAAGCAUUUGCGUAUGCUCAGGUCAUUCAUGACGUGGUGUCUGAUCUGCUGGAGAGAAUGGAGCGACUCCGCUUGUGCAGUCAGGACAAGAGCACUGUGUGUGACCUUUCCUCCGAACUCUACAAGUUCGGCUUUGAAGGUAUUUCCUCUAUUGUCUUUGAAACCCGCUUGGGCUGUCUGCAGGAGGAAAUUCCCACGGAAACACUCCGCUUUAUCACAGCAGUUAAUAACAUGCUAACUCUGUCCGAAACCGUGCUGUUUUUCCCUCACUGGACUCGGAAGAUAUUUCCUUUCUGGAAGCAGUUCAUCCAGGCCUGGGAUGAUCUCUACGGUGUAGCACGGAAUUUGAUUGACAGGAAGGUGAAGCAGAUAGAGGAGCAGGUGCAGCGUGGAGAGAAGGUGGAAGGCAUGUACCUUACCUACCUGUUAUCAAGCAACAAACUUUCCCUGCCAGAGGUUUAUAUCACCAUCACUGAGCUUUUACUUGGAGGAGUUGACACGACAUCGAACACCAUGUCCUGGACUUUGUAUCAUCUUGCCCGUGAUCCGGAGGUGCAGAGUCGUCUCUAUCAGGAGGUGGUGUCUGUGUGUCCGGACAGGCAGCUGCCUACCACGGAGGACUUGAGCAGAAUGCCGUACCUUAAAGCUGUUAUCAAGGAGAUUCUCAGACUGUAUCCUGUCGUGCCUGGUAAUGGACGCCUCAUCAUGGAAAAUGAGAUUGCUGUAGGUGGCUACUGGUUCCCAAAACAGACACAAUUCCAUCUGUGUCACUAUGCUGCGAGUCACGAUGAGAACGAGUUUCCAGACUCCGAAAGUUUCAUUCCAGAGCGCUGGCUGAGGGGGACACCAUCGCAUUCCCAACACCACCCCUACAGCUCCAUCCCAUUUGGAGUCGGAGUUCGGGCUUGUGUGGGGAGACGCGUGGCCGAACUGGAGAUGUACUUUGUUCUGUCUAGGCUGUUGCAGCACUAUGAGCUUUCUCCCGUGGAUGGAGCCCCCACAGUCCACCCCAAAACGAGGACUCUCCUCAUUCCUUCAGAACCUAUAAACCUGCGCUUUGUCCCCCGGACCUGAAGGCAGCGCUGCUCACCAAGAGAAUAAGAAAGACAUAAAGUUUUUACAUCUGUAAGUCUCAUAAGGUUGAAGUGUAAAAGAGAACUGCAGUGUGCCAGAACAUAAAUUGCAGUGGCAUCUCAUAUCACUUCCAGAAAAAAUUUAUUGAUCUCUGCAAAAUGGAGUAAUGUAAUGCAUCUCUAGAGGUUAAAAUAUUCUUGUAAAAUGUUUUAAAUUAUUACUUAUUCAUAUUAAGUCAAAAAAUGUUUAAGUCCAAAAUUUUUUUUAUUCCUGCAUGUUUUGUAAUGUAAUAAGCUCUGGGCAAUUGCUUAAAGCCCACUACUAUGCAAAGGUGACGCAUUAUGGAUUAUGCACUCUGCCCUGAAACAUUUUCUGCUUCUAGCUGCAAAUCACAGGUUUGUUAAUUCGCUCGUUGUAAUACAUUAUUGUUUCUGUAGUAACAAUUUACACAUGGGCUUAUAUAGUG